AUGCUAAGCCCUCACCCCCUGGCCUACCUCCUCCUCCUGCCGCUGGGCACCUGCCUUCCUCUACCGGACACAAGAGGACCCUCAGACGCCCUGGGUAGCAUCGGAGCUGGAGCGAGCUGGGCCAGCCUGGCCGAGGGGCCCCGACCCCGCUUCGUGUGGGGCUCUUCUCGGUUCGAUUUUCCACAGCCACAGGCCCUGCUUGUCCAGGCCAAGGGGCUGCGGACAUUGGGCAGAGGGCAUGCUGGCUUCAGGUUCCGCUCUGGGAGGCAGGACGAGGGCAGCAAGGCUACUAGCUUCCUCCCGGCGGGCGGCGAGAAGGCCAGUGUCCUGUUAGGGAACCUGGCUGAGGAGAUCAAUGGCUACCGCAGGAAGAAAGGCGGCUUCCACUUCCGCUUCGGCCGGCGGUAA